UCACCUGUCCCUCUCUGCCUGCUCCCUAGCAGACAGGCUGACAGCGAGCUGUAUAGGAUCUGAUCAUCUGUUGUGCAGACAGCAGGACACCGCAGAGGGCAGCCAUGAAAUUUCAGUACAAAGAGGAUCACCCCUACGAGUACAGGAAGAAGGAGGGGGAGAAGAUCAGGAAAAAAUACCCAGACAGGGUGCCAGUAAUUGUUGAGAAGGCUCCCAAAGCUCGUGUCCCUGACUUGGACAAGAGGAAAUAUCUUGUACCAUCAGACCUCACUGUUGGACAGUUUUACUUUCUAAUCCGGAAGCGGAUACACCUUCGACCUGAAGACGCGCUGUUCUUCUUUGUCAACAACACCAUUCCCCCAACCAGUGCCACCAUGGGACAGCUGUAUGAGGAUAACCAUGAAGAAGAUUGCUUCCUGUAUGUGGCUUAUAGUGACGAGAGUGUGUAUGGCAAGUGAGAGCAAGUGUGGAUUUUUCCAACCCAACAUCAUCUCCACCCUCACCUACCAUAUCACCAAAUACUUAACUUCUAGAACUGCACAGCUCAUGGAACCCAGCUGCUGGGGGCUGGAGUGUGUUGGGCAGCUUGAAAGUCUACAUGGAGGGGGUCAUGGUGGGAAAAUCACUACGUUUUAGAACCUGGCAGGACUAGGAUGAAAAACACUUGACUCAAUAAGGAUCAAAGGUGUUAAAUGACCCAUAUUGAAUUGUUAAGCAUCUCAGGGGAAAGGGGUGAAAACACGAGGGCCAACGGGUUCCAUGGUGCUGCGCUUGCCACAAUGAGAAUUAAGUAGCCUAGUUCCAUUCUCACAUGUCAGUGUAUGCACAUAAGAAUUUCUUUAGUGGUCACUAAGCAACAUUUUCCUAUCAGCCCAUGGCACUAAAUGAUAUCCCACUACUGUUUCCUGUCUGUAACGCUCAACAGCUUUCUCCAUACAAUGUAAUACAGGGAGUUAAGAACCUUUUUAACUGACAGUGAAUGUUCAGCUGUUCUAUGCUUGUUCUUUAACAGUUACAAAGCAAGCUAUAAAGUACAGCUUGAGGUUUCUGCAGUUCAAGGCUUUUAUUUAGUAAGAGCAAAUCUACCUGACUACAGGUGAAGUUGGAUUGAAAGCUGCGAGUUGCUGCACUUUGCACAUACUUGCUGCUUGUAAUACUUAAUAAUACUUAAUAAGUAGGCCUGAUGCUGGCUAUACACAUGGCAAAUUCAGCCAACGCCAACCAGCUAUAUUGCAAAAAUAAUUAUGGGCAUUGGGUUGCUUUCAAGUGUAUGUCAAGACAAAUUUAAAAAUAAUUUAUAAUUUUUUUUAUAUAAUAUAUAUAU